AUGCCUUCUCUGUGGAAACGGAUAACGUUCUCGGUGGCCUCGGUGCUCUGCAUCUUGUCGGUGGUCCUCCUGGUGGUGGCCCUGUCCACGGAGCGGUGGGUUACCGGAAGGAUCCUGUGUAAAACCGGGGUGGACAUCGUGAACGCGUCCGAUCCGGAGCUGGACCAGUUCAUCGGGGACAUUUAUUAUGGAUUGUUCCAGGGAGGCAAGACCAAGAAGUGCGGGCUCGGGAGAAGGCGCUCCAAAAUCUACAUUUUCCCAAAGCUUGUGCGGACGUUGAAUGGUGGCCUUCACAUGAUGGUGAUUCUGUUCCUGCUGGUGGCGGUCGGCUUCGCACUGGUCAGUCUGUCUUUCUGCAUUUACAACGCGCGCAAGGUUCCCUACCAGAGCAUCAAAGGGCACAAGGGCCUCUAUCUGUGGAACUGCAUCGCUGCUCUGUUCGGUUCCCUUGGUGUUCUGUGUUUCCUGGCAGCUGUUAGACACCACAGCCUGACUGACCGGGUGGCAAACUAUCGGGAGAACCUGUUUGUGCUCGUGGUCCUGGAUGACAGCCUGGACUGGUCUUUCUGGCUCGGUGUCGGCAGUGUUGCGACUCACUUUGCUGUCUGUGGAGUGGUUGCCAUGAGUCGGAUUAAGAUGCCCAAACCAGAGCCCAAGAAACCCGAAGAACCCACUAUCACUGCUCUGGACCUGCUCUACUGA